UUGUAUCAGUUCUUUCUUUCGGGAGAGAAAUAAAACACAUUUUGGAAAAAAUAGUCUGACAGACAGAAAUCACAACAAGGUGAGUAAAACAGCUCAACUUUGAGAGAAGUUAAAAAUGUUCUUUCCGUUAUGGAAUAAGACAAUUAUAGGAAUCAAGUACAAUCAUCAAUACAUAAACCUUGUUCUCUGUGUCUAGGAUGGCCUCGGCUAAGACUUCCUGGUCUGAGGAGUACUUUUCAUGUUCCAUCUGUCUGGAUGUGUUCAGCAGUCCCGUUUCCACACCAUGUGGACACAACUUCUGCAGAACCUGUAUUAAUAAGUUCUGGGAUGGACAAGUCCAGUACAAAUGUCCUAUUUGCAACCAGAUUUUUAACACUAGACCUGAUCCACAGGUCAAUAUCUUUGUAUCAGAGAUGGCUGCUCAAUUUAGAACAUCUGUACGAGUAAAAGAGCAGCCUCGUGUUAAACCAGGAGAAGUUCCCUGUGACGUCUGUACUGAGAUCCGGCUGAAGUCUGUGAAGUCCUGCCUGGAGUGUUUUAUGUCUUUCUGCCAAACACACCUGGAGCCGCAUCAGAGAUUCACAAUCCUGAAGAAACAUCGGCUGGUCGAGCCAAUUGACCGUCUGGAAGAAAGGAUGUGUAAGAUACACGACAGAUUCCUGGAGCUCUUCUGCAAGACUGAACAGGUGUGUGUAUGUCAGUCCUGCACAGAGGGUGAUCACAGGUCCCAUCCUGUUGUACCUCUAAAGGAGGAAUAUGAAGUGAAGAUGGCCCAGCUGGGGAAGAUGGAGGCUGAAGUUCAGCAGAUGAUCCAGGAGAGACAAAAAAAUAUUCAGGAGAUUAAAGACACAGUUAAACGCAGCAAAGCAGAAGCAGACAGAGAGAUAGCCGAUGGUGUGCAGGUCCUCACUGCUCUGAUGCACUGCAUUGAAAAGUGCCUGGAUGAUCUCAACCAAUUGGUUAAAGAGAGACUGAAAUCCACAGAGAAACAAGCCGAAGACCUCAUCAAAGAGCUGGAGCAGGAAAUAGAAGAUCUGACCAAUAGAAGCUCAGUGGUGAAGCAGCUCUCAUACACUCAAGACCACCUCCACUUCCUCCAGGCCUUCAGAUCCCUGAAGGAUCCUCCACCCACCGGGGACUGGACCACAGUGGAGGUCCGUCCUCCAUCAUACCUAGGGACCUGGAGGAGAUUCCUGGAUCAGCUGGAGGAGACACUGAAGAUGAAGACUAAGAAGCUACGUGAUGUUGUUCAACUGAAGAGGGUCCAGCAGUAUGAAGCAGAUGUGACUCUGGAUCCUGAUACAGCUCAUCCCAAGCUCAUCCUGUCUAAGGAUGGGAAACAAGUCCAUGAUGGAGGUGUAGCGAAGAAACUCCCAGACAACCCUAAGAGAUUUACACAUUGUUUAUUUGUCGUCACGAGGCAGAGCUUCUCUUCAUUGAGAUUUUUCUUUGAGGUCCAGGUUAAAGACAACACAUUAUGGUAUUUAGGAGUGGUAUUGGUAUUCAAAGCUAACCCUGAUGUCCGUCUCCCUCUGAGAGCAGAGCUCCAGAAGGUGGGGGUGUUUGUUGAUUAUAAUGAGGGUGUGGUCUCCUUCUAUGAUGUGGAAGCCAGGGUUCAUCUCUACUCUGCUACCGGCUGCACCUUUAGAGAGCCUCUCUAUCCAAUCAUCUCUAUGUGGUUAACUGCGGACCGUAAAAAGUCUGCCCCAUUGAUCAUCUCACCUGGAAACAAAGUACCUUAUAUGAUGACAUCAUGCUGCCAUCGUACCCAAAAAGUGAUGGCCUCUGCUAAGACUUCCUGGUCUGAAGAGAACUUUUCAUGUUCCAUCUGUCUGGAUGUGUUCAGCAGUCCAGUUUCCACACCAUGUGGACACAACUUCUGCAGAACCUGUAUUACGAAGUUCUGGGAUGAACAAUUCCGGUACAAAUGUCCUGUUUGCAACAAGCUUUUCCACACAAGACCUGAUCUACGUGUCAAUACCCUCUUAUCAGAGCUGGCCGCUCAGCUUAGAACGAAUGUAAAAGUAAAAGAGCAGCCUUGUGUUGAACCAGCAGAAGUUCCCUGUGACGUCUGUUCUGGGACCCAGCUGAAGGCCGUGAAGUCCUGCCUGGUGUGUUUGGUCUCCUACUGCCAAACCCACCUGGAGCCACAUCAGAGAGUCACAGUCCUGAAGAAACAUCGGCUGGUCGAGCCAAUGGACCGUCUGGAAGACAGGAUGUGUAAGAAACACGACCGACUCCUGGAGCUCUUCUGCAAGACUGAACAGGUGUGUGUGUGUCAGUCCUGCACAGAGGGUCCCAACAGGUCCCGUACUGUUGUACCUCUGAAGGAGGAAUAUGAAGUUAAGAUGGCCCAGCUGGGGAAGAUGGAGGCUGAAGUUCAGCAGAUGAUCCAGGAGAAACAAAAUAAUAUUCAUGAGAUUAAAGACACAGUUAAACGCAGCAAAGCACAUGCAGACAGAGAGAUAGCCGAUGGUGUGCAGGUCCUCACUGCUCUGAUGCGCUGCAUUGGAAAGUGGCAGGAUGAUCUCAACAAAAUGAUUAAAGAGAGACUGAAAUCCACAGAGAAACAGGCUGAAGACCUCAUCAAAGAGCUGGAGCAGGAAAUAGAAGAUCUGACCAACAGAAUAUCAGAGGUGAUGCAGCUCUCACAAACUAAAGACCACCUCCACUUCCUCCAGGCCUUCAGAUCCCUGAAGGAUCCUCCAACCACCAGGGACCGGACGACGGUGGAGGUCCGUCCUACGUCAUACGUAGGGACCUUGAGGAGAUCCCUGGAUCAGCUGGAAGAGACACUGAACAUGGAGAUGAAGAAGCUACGCAAUGAUGUUGAACUGAAGAGGGUCCAGCAGUAUGAAGUAGAUGUGACUCUUGAUCCUGAUACAGCUCAUCCCAGGCUCAUCCUGUCUGGGGAUGGUAAACAAGUCCAUGGUGGAGGUGUAGCGAAGAAACUCCCAGACAACCCUAAGAGAUUUACAUAUUAUGCAUGUGUGCUUACGAGGCAGAGCUUCUCCUCUGGGAGAUUUUACUUUGAGGUCCAGGUUAAAGACAAGAUGAUAUGGUGUUUAGGAGUGGUCAGAGAGUCCAUCAACAGAAAAGGUAGGACCAGGUGGACCCCUAAGACGGGUUACUGGACUCUUCAUUACGACAAGGAUGGGUUUGUAUUUAAUGGUAAGCCUGCUGUCCGUAACCCUCUGAGAGCUGAGCUCCAGAAGGUGGGGGUGUUUGUUGAUUAUGAUGAGGGUCUGGUCUCCUUCUAUGAUGUGGAAGCCAUGGUUAAUCUCUACUCUGCUACCGGCUGCACCUUUAGAGAGCCUCUCUAUCCAUUCCUCUGUCCGUGUUUAUGUGAUGGAGAUAAAAACUCUGCCCCCCUGAUCAUCUCACCUGUCAAUCAAACAGACUAGUACAUUUGUUUGAUGAUGAAAAAUCAAACAACCAAAAUAACUAAUGUUUCCGGAAUGGGAAUCUCUACCAUGGGAGAUCUGAGAAAACUGUAUUCAUAUUGUACUGUUCACUGUUAUUUAAAAACAACAAAAUGUAUUAAGCAACUUACACUGUGUACUAUAACAAAUAUGAUUCAUUCUAACUGGGUGGACUACUCUUAAAUGUUCAAUGUAUUUUUUUCUUCGUUUUUUAAAUAAAAGUAGGUUACUUGAAAGUGUAAAAUGUUAUUAUUAUUAUUAUUAUUUUGAUCAUUAUCAAUCAAAUAAAUAUACCGUUUUGUUUUUUUAAAUCAUGUUUGUUAACCCAAAACAAUGUUUGUACACUUUUCAGAUUUGAAUAAAAAUUCACCAAAGGUAGAAUGGGGUCAUUUUCUGUGGAAUAAGUACAAUCUCAGUAUAAUACGUAUUCAGUGAAAUAGGUUCAUUUUCAGUGGAAUUUGUGCAAUCUCAGUACAAUGUGUAUUCAGUAGAUAUAUUAUCAGUGCAGUAAAACAAAAACAUCUGUGUUGCUUUAAAACCCUUUGACAAACGAUGGGACUUAAUAAAGGAAUAAAAUCACUGAAUAAAUGCACAAUCUUGUAGCUGAAGAGCCAGUCAAUGACUUUAAAUCUACACCAUUCAACAACCCAACAUGUGUUACACCUUACACAAAGCUGCAGUGACUACAUGUAAAGAUUCCCCCCAUUUUAGUGAGUACCCUGACUUUGUCUUGUCAGCUCUUCUCUCCUCUCCAUCUCUCAUCUUAGUUUCCUCUCUCCUUCCUCUCUCUUCUCUUCCUCCUCUCUCCUAUCUCUGCUCUCCUUUCUAGCUCUUCCAGGUUUGUGUGAAACAACCGUU